AUGGCACACGCUCCGAGAUAUAAUAUGGGCUCAAUACGGCCGGCUGUUAUCGGUAUGGGUCGAGUCUUCGGCGCCAGCUUGACAGCGGUCAAUGCCUUUCCUGUUGACACCUUGGGUCAUCAUGGCGAAGAGGACGAGGAGGGUACCAGCCUCUGGGUCCUUGCUGUUGCUUCAAUGGUUUUAUCGGGCGAUCCCGCGGAAGCGCAGUCUAAGAACGCGAAACGUGUGUUGAAGCUGUUAAAUCGAGGAAAGCAUUGGGUUCUGGUCACCCUGUUAUUAUCUAACGUUAUUGUCAACGAGUCGCUUCCCGUUGUUUUGGAUCGAACCCUCGGCGGCGGCGUUGCUGCCGUUGUUGGCAGUACUGUUCUCAUCGUCAUCUUUGGUGAAAUUGUUCCCCAGUCCAUCUGUGUCCGAUUCGGUCUCCCUAUCGGUGGAUACAUGUCAACACCGGUCCUUCUUCUCAUGUACCUUACCGCUCCCGUUUCUUGGCCUAUUGCGAAGCUUCUCGACUGGAUUCUGGGAGAGGACCACGGCACCCUGUACAAGAAGAGCGGUCUCAAGACUCUUGUCACCCUCCAUAAGUCGCUGGGUGAAAUCUCCGAGCGAUUGAACCAGGAUGAAGUCACCAUCAUCACAGCCGUCCUGGACUUGAAGGACAAGCCAGUCGCUGAAGUUAUGACCCCCAUCUCCGAUGUCUACACGCUUGCCGAAGACCAUAUCCUCGAUGAAAAGACCAUGGACGAUAUUCUGUCUUCUGGAUACUCGCGAAUUCCCAUAUACCGCUCUGGAAACCACCUGGACUUUGUUGGCAUGCUUUUGGUCAAGACUCUCAUUACAUACGACCCGGAAGAUAGGAUCCCCGUUCGUGAAGUGCCCCUUGGUGCCAUCGUCGAAACCCGCCCCGAGACUAGCUGUUUGGACAUUAUCAACUUCUUCCAGGAGGGGAAGUCGCACAUGGUACUCGUGUCUGAGUUCCCCGGUUCAGACCAUGGUGCUCUGGGUGUUGUCACUCUCGAGGAUGUUAUUGAGGAACUAAUUGGAGAGGAAAUUGUUGAUGAAUCCGAUGUCUAUGUCGAUGUCCACAAGGCCAUCCGACGUCUUACUCCUGCGCCCCGAGCUCGCCGAAUUCACGCUGCCGCCACUGCUGCCUCUGUCAUCGCCUCCAAAAAGGCUCCUGGCGACUCUGUUCUUAUCGAUGUUGACGAACACGACGAAUCACCUCACCGUGACCCCGAGACAGCGUCCUUCCAUAGCAACUAUGAAGGGGGCUUCCACAAUGCUGCAAAGACUGCGAUUCACAUGAAGCGCCGAACAUCCGAUGGUGGCAUAGAAGGCACUCCCGUCAUUGUCAAGGCUAGUCUGGACGAAAUGAGGUCUAAGCUCCGUCUUGGACCUGCUAACCGAGCCGCCAACCCACGCAGCAACACUCGCAGUCUCUUCAAGAUCAAGCAAGGUCUGGGUGCUACUAGCGGAACUCCUCCCGACAGCUCAAGACCUCUGCCUCCUCGUGCGCAAUCUCACAUGGGUUUCACGAACACACAGGCGUCCCCAUCAAAAACUCAGGGACACGAACGAACCCCGUUGUUGGGUGUAGGCGAGGACCAUGACGAGGGCGCGGAAGAAGAUGAGAACCAUAAUGACAAUGGCCGCAAGACUAAUGGCAUGCAUUAA